AGUGACCUGUGAUCAUUCCUGGACAGCAGAGUGAGACUCUGUCUUUUUUUAAAAGAAAAGAAAAGAAAAGAAAUUGAAAGUCUAAUUUUUUAUUUGCAUUUCUCUCUGACAGAUUCUACCAGAAAUGAACCCCAGACUAUAAAACCUGUGGUGUCAUUUCAAACAUUAAAACCUCCCACACUUCUGUAGUUGAACCCGUAAUACACAUUCCAAUAAGGACCACUACUGUUUUCCUUUUGUCCAGAACUGACCAGCUGUCCAAUGAGGGACCUGCCUUCCUUGGGGAAGAGAUUUCUCAUUAAUAACAACAAGAAAAUUCAUUAGUGCUUGAUGUGCAGUUAGUUUUAAGCUAAGAUAAUAGAAAUGUAAUAUUCGCAGUUUUUUUGGAGUGAUUAGAAUUUAUUCUUCUUAACCUAAACUCAGAGUUAAGUUCUCAGUGUCAAGUAUGUGGAGCAGAAAUUAAGUAACCACCUUAGAGAACCUAAUACACAGUACUGCCUUCUCAGAUCUCACUAGAGUAGAUGUUUGCUCUUUAAAUCUUUUCAUUUGUUAUUCCCACAGUCAUUACAACACUGUCACUCUUAGAAUUUACUUAGAGUAUUUGAGCAGUGAAGACUCAUAGCAUUUGGAAGUAAUUUAGAAAAGAAUCUGGACUAUUUAGAUGCAUUUUUGUAGUAAAUCUGGUGCUCAAACACUGUAAAAUUAAACAUUUACAUCUGAAUCCAGCAUCCUAUUUUGCUUUGUAAAUGAGGCCAAAGAUGAAAUCCAGAUGUUUUUCCUUUGUAUUUGUAUUAUCACUGUAUGGAAUCUAAGUAUAUCUAAGGAAAACUAAACUUAAACUUACUUUGCUUAUUUCAUAUUAGUUUUUGUCUGUUUUCUGCAGUGUGUAAUUAGAUUAUCUUUGGUUCUUUGAAUCAAAUGCUUUGCCCCAACCCCUUUUUCCACGACAUUUUUCAGCUGUUUUCCCUUGAAAUACUGACUUAAAAUAUUUUUUUAAGCUAUUUUAUCACAAUUGCAGAAAUGUGUUGUAUGAAAGUUUUUUAAACAGGGCUAACUGAAGCCUUAGACGUUGAGCAGCUAUGUGUAACCACAGUUUAUAUUACUUGCAACGAAGUCAGAUUAUUUUCGGAUGUUAACUAUGGCUUAAAAGUAUGUUAACUUGAAAUGUAAAGAAACAGCAAAAGACAGGUGUAUUUACAAAUCACAUAUUAAGGAAACAGGCUUGGUUAAUUCUUCACCAUUGACAUCUAUUAUUUGCUAGUACAUUUAACCAAUCAUGAUACUUUAACCAACCUACUUUAAAAGGUUGGUUCAAAAAUGUUGAGGAAAUAAUGUAUUGGUUGGGUUUGACCUAAAUUUACAACAUAACCAUGUGCUGUCUUACACUACCCAGAUUGUGGGCGCACCAAAAGUUAUGUCCCUAGGACUACAAGGUGUGUUGUUUAAGGAUCUUGCAGACAGCCAAUGCCCCCAUUGGCAACAUCACUUCUCAUGCUGAAGUUUCACCAGUUGGGAGGCCUCAAGGCACCAAGAUUCCCAUUUUUUAAAUUCAGGUCAAAGAGAAGAGUCCAACACUGUGACUGGGAAGAAUGGCAAGUCACAGGGUAACGGCGAACCUUAAUAAAAUUCGACCCCUCUGCACCCAACACCCCACCAGGAAGGGCUCAGGCAGCCUAGGGGUUGUGUCUCAUCCCAAGUCGCUGUGUGAAGCACGAGGCCCUCACACCUCAUUUAAGGCAGGAGGCGUCAGGGGCGACCGGCCAGGUGUUCCGGCGCCUUGCCACCGCUUCUCAGGCGUGGAGGAAGCGCGGGCCUCCGAGCACGUGGAGCCGCCCCUGGCCGCCCUGCACACCCCUCCCGCCAGAUGUAGUCCAGGCCCAGCUGGGCCCGCGCAGGGAUCCCCAGCACGGCCACCUGACUGAGUGCUGGGCGUGCUGCGGCCCGCUGCUUCUGCCUCCGCCGCCGGCGCUGCGGCCAGAGGAAGGCGCCCGCCGAGCACACGGGCCCUGGGAGCGCACUGCGGCCAUUAUCCACGGCGCCUCCUAGUGGGUCAAUGGUAAAUCCGCCUGGUUCUCGCGAGAGCUCCCCCCCUCAGUGGGGAUUAUAUAAUUUCCCUCAGGCGGGGGUGGGGGUUCUGAGAGCACCCUCCCCCUGGAAAAGUUAGGUGCAAGCCCAGGUGGGACUAAGAGGGACCCCCCCUGGGGGAAAGGGGGUUAGGGGUGCUGUCCCCACUGCCCCCCCCACUUAGCUGGACAAUGAGUCCUCUUAUGCUAAUGAGGCACUUACGUCACUUCCUCUCUUUCUCGGCCGCCAUUUUGGCUAGGGCAGGUUCGGGGACUCGGUCCGAGGCGCUUGUAUUGUCUGCUGAGGGGAGACGCGGGAUCAGCCCCCCUCCCCCGCCUGUUGCCGCCGCCGCCUCCGCUGGCCCGGUCUCCCCUCCGCCGCCCGCCGGGAUCCAUGAGCUGAACUCCCGCCCCCCCAGCCGCCGCCAUCUUGUGCCCCCUCCCACUCCCGCAGGCAGCGCUAAGGGGGAUUUUGGCGUCUUCUCAGACACAGCUCCCUCUCUCGGUCCGCGCUGCUGAGGAGCGAGAGGAGCGCGGCCGCCGCCGCCCGCGCCGGUGAAGCCGCCUCUCCCACACCCUCCGUCUCCUCCCUCCGCCCCUCCUUUGUCUGCACCGCUCGACGACGCCGCCGCCGCCGCCCGCCGCUCUGCUGCGCCCGCCGCGCCCCCCGGCAGCACCCGCGGCCGCGGCGCGAGCCGGAGCCCGCCGAGCCGGAGCGCGACGAGGCCCCGGGCGCGCCCUCCCCGCUGCCGCCACCGCCGUGCCGCCGCCAUCCGCCCGCCGCCGCCGUCCGGCCCCCGAGCACGCCGGCCCCGCGCGCGCCUUGAGGCCGAGUCAAGGUGUGAGAUGCACAAUGCGAAACCUAGGCCCCAGCUUUUACACCAUGAUGCGCAGGGUUGUACUUUUUGUACUGAACUGAUAGGUGGCCUAGUGGUUAUGCCCUGUACUACCAUUUUGAGGAUCUGGACUCCGUUUCCUGCCUUGCUCUUUGGACCACAUUGUCAAUUCACACCGAAACUAUGUUCCAACUUCCUGUCAACAAUCUUGGCAGUUUAAGAAAAGCCCGGAAAACUGUGAAAAAAAUACUUAGUGACAUUGGGUUGGAAUACUGUAAAGAACAUAUAGAAGAUUUUAAACAAUUUGAACCUAAUGACUUUUAUUUGAAAAACACUACAUGGGAGGAUGUAGGACUGUGGGACCCUUCACUUACGAAAAACCAGGACUAUCGGACAAAACCUUUCUGCUGCAGCGCUUGUCCAUUUUCCUCAAAAUUCUUCUCUGCCUACAAAAGUCAUUUCCGAAAUGUCCAUAGUGAAGACUUUGAAAAUAGGAUUCUCCUUAAUUGCCCCUACUGUACCUUCAAUGCAGACAAAAAGACUUUGGAAACACACAUUAAAAUAUUUCAUGCUCCAAACGCCAGCGCACCAAGUAGCAGCCUCAGCACUUUCAAAGAUAAAAACAAAAAUGAUGGCCUUAAACCUAAGCAGGCUGACAGUGUAGAGCAAGCUGUUUAUUACUGUAAGAAGUGCACUUACCGAGAUCCUCUUUACGAAAUAGUUAGGAAGCACAUUUACAGGGAACAUUUUCAGCACGUGGCAGCACCUUACAUAGCAAAGGCAGGAGAAAAAUCACUCAAUGGCGCAGUCCCCUUAGGCUCAAAUGCCCGAGAAGAGAGUAGUAUUCACUGCAAGCGAUGCCUUUUCAUGCCAAAGUCCUAUGAAGCUUUGGUACAGCAUGUCAUCGAAGACCACGAACGUAUUGGCUAUCAGGUCACUGCCAUGAUUGGGCACACAAAUGUAGUGGUCCCCCGAUCCAAACCCUUGAUGCUAAUUGCUCCCAAACCUCAAGACAAGAAGAGUAUGGGACUCCCACCAAGAAUUGGUUCCCUUGCUUCUGGAAAUGUCCGGUCUUUACCAUCACAGCAGAUGGUGAAUCGACUCUCAAUACCAAAGCCUAACUUAAAUUCUACAGGAGUCAACAUGAUGUCCAAUGUUCACCUACAGCAGAACAACUAUGGAGUCAAAUCUGUAGGUCAGGGUUACAGUGUUGGUCAGUCAAUGAGACUGGGUCUAGGGGGCAAUGCACCAGUUUCCAUUCCUCAACAAUCUCAGUCUGUAAAGCAGUUACUUCCAAGUGGAAAUGGAAGGUCUUAUGGGCUUGGGUCAGAGCAGAGGUCCCAGGCACCAGCAAGAUACUCCCUGCAGUCUGCCAAUGCCUCUUCUCUCUCGUCGGGCCAGUUAAAGUCUCCUUCCCUCUCCCAGUCGCAGGCAUCCAGAGUGUUAGGUCAGUCCAGCUCUAAACCUACUGCAGCUGCCACAGGCCCUCCCCCAGGUAACACUUCCUCAACUCAAAAGUGGAAAAUAUGUACAAUCUGUAAUGAGCUUUUUCCUGAAAAUGUCUAUAGUGUGCACUUCGAAAAAGAACAUAAAGCUGAGAAAGUCCCAGCAGUAGCCAACUACAUUAUGAAAAUACACAAUUUUACUAGCAAAUGCCUGUACUGUAAUCGCUAUUUGCCCACAGAUACCCUGCUCAACCAUAUGUUAAUUCAUGGUCUGUCUUGUCCAUAUUGCCGUUCAACUUUCAAUGAUGUGGAAAAGAUGGCCGCACACAUGCGGAUGGUUCACAUUGAUGAAGAGAUGGGACCUAAAACAGAUUCUACUUUGAGUUUUGAUUUGACAUUGCAGCAGGGCAGUCACACUAACAUCCAUCUCCUGGUAACCACGUACAACCUGAGAGAUGCCCCAGCUGAAUCUGUUGCUUACCAUGCCCAAAAUAACCCUCCCGUUCCUCCAAAGCCACAGCCAAAAGUUCAGGAAAAGGCAGAUAUCCCUGUUAAAAGUUCACCUCAAGCUGCAGUGCCCUAUAAAAAAGAUGUUGGGAAAACCCUUUGUCCUCUUUGCUUUUCAAUCCUAAAAGGACCCAUAUCAGAUGCACUUGCACAUCACCUACGAGAGAGGCACCAGGUUAUUCAGACGGUUCAUCCAGUUGAGAAAAAGCUCACCUACAAAUGUAUCCAUUGCCUUGGUGUGUAUACCAGCAACAUGACCGCCUCGACUAUCACUCUGCAUCUAGUUCACUGCAGGGGAGUUGGAAAGACCCAAAACGGCCAGGAUAAGACAAAUGCACCCUCUCGGCUUAAUCAGUCUCCCAGCCUGGCACCUGUGAAGCGCACUUACGAGCAAAUGGAAUUUCCCUUACUGAAAAAACGGAAGUUAGAUGACGAUAGUGAUUCACCCAGCUUCUUUGAGGAGAAGCCUGAAGAGCCUGUUGUUUUAGCUUUAGACCCCAAGGGUCAUGAAGAUGAUUCCUAUGAAGCCAGGAAAAGCUUUCUAACAAAGUAUUUUAACAAGCAACCCUAUCCCACCAGGAGAGAAAUUGAGAAGCUAGCAGCCAGUUUAUGGUUAUGGAAGAGUGACAUUGCUUCCCAUUUUAGUAACAAAAGGAAGAAGUGUGUCCGUGAUUGUGAAAAGUACAAGCCUGGCGUGUUGCUGGGGUUUAACAUGAAAGAAUUAAAUAAAGUCAAGCAUGAGAUGGAUUUUGAUGCUGAGUGGCUAUUUGAAAAUCAUGAUGAGAAGGAUUCCAGAGUCAAUGCUAGUAAGACUGCUGACAAAAAGCUCAACCUUGGGAAAGAAGAUGACAGUUCCUCAGACAGUUUUGAAAAUUUGGAAGAAGAAUCCAAUGAAAGUGGUAGCCCUUUUGAACCUGUUUUUGAAGUUGAGCCUAAAAUCCCUAAUGAUAACCCAGAGGAACAUGUACUGAAGGUAAUUCCUGAGGAUGCUUUAGAAUCUGAGGAGAAGCUAGACCAAAAAGAGGAGGAUGGUUCAAAAUACGAAACUCUUCAUUUGACUGAGGAACCAACCAAACUAAUGCACAACGCUUCUGAUAGUGAGGUUGACCAAGACGAUGUUGUUGAGUGGAAAGAUGGUGCUUCUCCAUCUGAGAGUGGGCCUGGGUCCCAACAAGUGUCAGACUUUGAGGACAAUACCUGCGAAAUGAAACCAGGAACCUGGUCUGAUGAGUCUUCCCAAAGUGAAGAUGCAAGGAGCAGUAAGCCAGCUGCUAAAAAAAAGGCUACCAUGCAAGGUGACAGAGAGCAGUUGAAAUGGAAGAAUAGUUCCUAUGGAAAAGUUGAAGGGUUUUGGUCCAAGGACCAGUCACAGUGGAAGAAUGCAUCUGAGAAUGAUGAGCGCUUAUCUAACCCCCAGAUUGAGUGGCAGAAUAGCACAAUUGACAGUGAGGAUGGGGAACAGUUUGACAACAUGACUGAUGGAGUAGCUGAGCCGAUGCAUGGCAGCUUAGCUGGAGUUAAACUGAGCAGCCAACAGGCCUGAGUGCCAGGUUCCCUGGCGUCGGUGACAUGCUGCAGCCUAGAACUCUAAUCUCCAUUCAGUGUGAUUGCAAAGCUGUCUUCUAACUGGUACUGCCUUGUGAGUACUGGUUGGACUGUGGGACAUGUGGCCGCUGAGUUCCAGUGGUUAUUUCUAAGUCUAUGACACGAUAGGCUGAUCUUGCUUCAGAACCUUCUCUGACAGACACAGUAACUAAAUGUGAAAACCAAUAAGCUGGUGGCUCAUGAAUACACAUGAGGAAAAGCAGAGGUUUAUUUUAUCUGCCUUUUCAACAUUUCUUUCCCUCUGUAAAAUGAUUGGUCUGAUGUCUUUGAGAAGCGUUAACCUAAUUCACAUGGUAGUGUAGGGCCAACGUAAAAGCUACCAGUCUAAUGUGUAUAGUAGACUUUGGGAAAAGCGAUUUUUUUUCAUGUAUUCAUUCUGAAUAGUUGAAAUGUAUAUUUGUACAGUCUUUUAGACCUAUUCAAGUGAUGCUCAUGAUACUGUUACUGUGUGCCCAUCAUAGAUUUCUUUUUUUAGUGUUGACCUUGCUGUGUAAUAAACGCUGUAUCUAGUUUACCUAGCAAAAGCUCAAAACUGCGCUAGUAUGGACUUUUGGACAGACUUAGUUUUUGCACAUAACCUUGUACAAUCUUGCAACAGAGGCCAGCCACGUAAGAUAUAUAUCUGGACUCUCUUGUAUUAUAGGAUUUUUCUUGUUCUGAAUAUCCUUGACAUUUACAGCUGUCAAAAACAAAAACUGGUAUUUCAGAUGUUUUCUGAAAUCUUUUAAGCUAAAAUCACAUGCAAGAAUUGACUUUGCAGCUACUAAUUUUGACACCUUUUAGAUCUGUAUAAAAAGUGUGUUGUGUUGAAGCAGCAAACCAAUGAGUGCUGCAUUUUGGAUAUUUAGUUUUCUCUUUAGUUAACACCAUCCUGGUGUAUUCAUUUAUACCAUCUAAUAUAUGACACACUGUUGUAGUAUGUAUAAUUUUGUGAUCUUUAUUUCCCUUUGUAUUCAUUUUAAGCAUCUAAAUAAAUUGCUGUAUUGUGCUUAAUGUAAAUAUUUGCUUUAUUACACGACAGUCUUUUGUGUCCAUUUUAUCUUGUGCCAUUUAAUGCCAUAACUCUUCACAGAUGGCAGCCACAGUCACAGAGGAAACUUGUGGAAAACCAACAUCUGUCAUCUGCAUAAAGAAUACUUUCUCUUGAGGCACCUGGUACAGAAUGUGUUUUGUGGUUUUUUACCUUUUAACUGAAAAGUAAACAUCCUUGAGUUUUUCAGUUCACCCUUUGUUAAGGAGCAGAGCGUGCAUAUAUAUGUAAAUGUCUCAGUGACUUCUAAAAGGAUGUAAACGGAUUGACAUUAAUUCGAAAGCAGAAUUUUAAUAGCCUGGUGGGGUUUUCUUCUAGAUGAAGAUAAGUGUUCAUUUUCACCUUAACAAUGGGAACAAUUGUAGUGCAGGCAGCUCUGCCUCUUGCCACUCUUGGCCAUCUUGCUAUUAAGGGAAAGGCUUUGAAGAGUACACACUUAAAGGGCUGUCAAGAUGGAAGGAGCUGGUAUUUUUACUGUGCGUAGUUUCCCAUGAGCAACUUACACUAAAAAGUGGAACGUUACAGGGAAGCAGAAUUAGGCCAACAUUUCCAGCAGUUAGUUGAUGGGAUGCUCCAAUCCACAAGGAGGCUGGUCAGUCAUCUCUCAAGGAUACUGGCCUAAAGUCUGAAGUGGCUGAUGUCCAUAACUUCUGAGUCCCUUUCCAAAAGACUUGCUAAUGCUGUUGCCAGAGAGUAGAGAUUUGACCAGCCUCUCCCUAAAAUGUACAAGUGCAAGAAUAGACUAGAACCUUUCAGGGCAGGAGCGGAGCUAUGUUAAAUCUGUUAUACAGGUAGAUUAUAAAUUCUACAUGCACCAGCCAAAAUUUAGGACAGGAUGUCCCCACAGAUUACCAAAUCAGAAAUACCAGCUGAAUUUAGGCCAGCUCACAUUUGGAAAUUACCCUCCCUGAUUAACAAGUGGGAAAAGCUUAGCUUGAACUUCUGAGUUCUACGUGAAGGACUAGUGAGACUUGUACAGACAGCACAAGGCUCGGGGUCCAGGUCCCAGAUGGAUAUUGGAACAGAGACAGAUAAGUAUGUUUUCUUAUUAAGGUGGUGGGAGUAUGUUUUUUGGCAUUCAGAAAAGGGCUUAGGCACCCUAAGAGUUGGAAAUAAAGAUUCCCAGCUGGAAAUAUUGCAGAAUCCCUAAAAGUGUCUCAAUAAAAGCCAU